GGCCCCGGCAGCGCCCCGCACGGGGACGCGGCGCGGCUGCGGGCGCGGCGCGCGCGGGCCCCGCCCAUGGGAGUCCCGGGCUUCCACCGCUGGGCGGCGAAGCAGGUGCCAGGCCUGACGAGGCCGUGCGCUGGCGGCAAGCCGAUAGAGGUCGACCACCUCCACCUGGACUUCAACGCCGCCGUCCACCGGUGCCUCACGGCCUGGUCGGGGCUCGGCGGGGAGGAGCGCCUCUUCGCGCUCCUGGAGGCGUACGUGCUCUUGAUCCUGGGCUGCGUGCGUCCCACUGAGCUGCUGUUCGUCGCGCUGGACGGCGUUGCGCCGAGGGCGAAGAUGAAUCAGCAGCGGGCGCGCAGGUUCCGUGAGGAGGGCGGCAUCUCUGCCGCCUUCGACCGCAACGCCGUGACGCCAGGGACCGAGUUCAUGGCGCGCCUGGGCGCCUGGCUUCUCCGCUGGGCGGAGGCGGCGGCGCGCGGCGAGGGCAGCUGGGUCGCGCUGAGGGGGGUGACCGUCGUGGUCUCGGGCGCCGACGAUCCGGGCGAGGGCGAGCACAAGAUCAUGGAGGUGAUCCGCGCCUACCGAGAUAAGAGCCACUGCCUGUUCAGCAACGACGCAGACCUGAUUUUCCUUGGCCUGGUCUCGGGCGCGCGGUCCGUGAUCCUCCUGCGCGAGUCGCCGCUGCCGCCCGGCAGGGACAACGGCGUGCCGGCCGUGAUGGUCGAGCUCCUUGAAGAUGACUACACGGGUGCAGACAGCGACGACGGCAGCUGCUGCGGCGGCUUGCUCGCGGAGAGCGAUGCCAUCCGGAGUGCUAUGAUCGCGCAAGUGCUCAAGGACUUCGACGUCUCCGAGCUGGGCCUCUUGCGCUCGUGGCUGCUCGGACUGCUGCCGGAGGGCUGCGGCGAGGACCGGCGGCUGCUGGACUUUGCCGCGCUAUGCUGCCUGGCCGGCAACGACUUCUUGCCGCAGGCGUCCGCCAUCAACGUCUUCGAGGGCGGCAUCGACCAGUUGAUCGAGGCGUACACCGCGGCAUUCUCGGCCGCUGGCGCGGGUGCUGUCGGCCACCUGGUCGACCAGAGCGGCUCCCUGAUUCUGCCAGCCUGGCGCGAGGUGUUGCGCAGGCUCGCGGUGCCAGAGGCGGAGUCCUUGCUGGAGAGUGCCGGAUUGGGCCGCAGGUCGCCGUCUCCGCCGCCGGCGGACAGCGGCGGAGAUCUUCCCAGGCCGCCCAGCGACGACUGGGACGGGCUUUCCGUGCUGGUCAGGGGCGCGCCCCCACACACCAGCGGGGCCGACGUGAGGGCCGCCCUGGCGAAGCAGGGCUGCCAGGUCCAGGCGGUCUACAACGUCAGGCCCAAAGGUGGCGUGGGCCACGCUACCGCUUGGGUCGCGCGCCUCGCGGACGCCAGGUCUGCGGUGAUGACCCUGGUCUCCUGCCGGAAGGUCCGGGGCACGGUGCUGGACGUAAGCUGGGUGGAUCCGCGCGCGAUCGAGCUGGCCGGGCUGCCGCAGAGGCCUCUGGAGCCGGCGGCUGGCUGGCGCGAGGUGCUCGAGAGGUCCAUCAGGGAAUCGUUCGAGUACUGGCUGGGUCCGAAGAACCUGCCCACCGAUGGAUUCUUGCGGAGGCAGGUUCUGCUACGGGAGGACCGCUUCGUGCCCCUCAGAGUCUUCGCCGCCUUCAACCGGCUUCGGACGUGGUGCCACGACCUCGAUCGGAUCGCCACGGUGCUGAAGGGCUCCGAGACCCUGGAGGUGGGCGAGGUCGAGGUCGUGGCCUCCGUGGGCGGCCAGGCGGCCAGCGAGCCUGCGGUGAGGGCCGUCGUUGACCACAGCGUGCGGCCGAGGGACGGCCCAGAGCGGCUGGCGCGCCAGCGCGUGGCCGCGCGCUGCGCGGCGGACGGCGACCUCGUGCAGGCGGCCCUCGUGCUGAAGGACGACUACUACGCUCAAUCGGGUCCGUGCCCGCCCGGGAUGGCGGACACCGAGGAGUGCCGCGUCAGGGCGUACCUGGCGGGCAUCCAGUGGGUCGUCUCCUACUACACCCAGGGCUGCCCCUCGUGGACGUGGUUCUACCCGUCGCACUUCCCGCCGCUGUGCGCCAGCCUGUACAGUGCGCUGAGCGCACCUGGCGCGGGGGAUGGGGUGCUGCUGUCCAUUCGGCGGCGAGCCCGCUGCCACAGGUCAUCCAGCUGCUGGCGGUCCUCCCCCCCCGCUCCGCGGGGCUGCUGCCGGGGCCGCUGCGGCCCCUGCUCGCCGAGAAGGCCUCCCCGCUGGCCGACCUCUACCCCCGCGAGUUCGAGGUCGUGCGCAAGGCCCAGCCACUUUGGAGCUGCCGGCCGCCGGCGCCUCGCGGAGAGCGCCCAAUCUCGCGGAGCGCGCGGCGCCCUCGCCCGGCGGGGGCCGCCGGAGCGGCGGGCGCCCCUCGGCGUCGCCGCGGGCCAGCGGGCCCGCCUGCCAUGCUGCCCGCGCCGGCGGCCCCGGCGGCAGCGGACGCGGCCUUGGCGGCCCGGGAGGGCCCCGGGCACCUGGGCACGGAGGCCAUCCUCGCGAGGGCCGCCGAGGAGUGCAGCCGGCGCUGUGCAGCGGAGACUUGUGCGGUCGGGAACCACGUCGACGCCGCCGCCGAGGCGUCCGCCGCGCUGGAGGAGCACCUGGCCGCCCGGCGCAGGGGCUUCACCAGGCAGUUCGCGGACCUCCAGGCCGGCUUCCAGCGCGCGCGGGACGUGGCGCUGGACGCCCGCGCGCGCGCGGCGGAGCAGCGGCAGGGCGCCGCGGAGGUGCACCGGGCCCUGGACGACGUCGCCGGGCGAGCGAGCGCCGAGCUGCAGGCGCUGGUGGGGCGCACCGCCGAGGUCGCGGGUGCACGGCCCCCCGGGCCUCUCGGGUGAGCCCCCGGCGCUGCUGGACCCGUCGGUCGAGUCGGGGGAGGCCCCCGGCGGCCUGCCGCCCCUCCGGAGGUAGAGACGUUCCGCGGACCUCCGGCCCGCCGCGCCGCUCUCCCGCGAAUUCGGGGCGUUGGUGCCUUCCUAACGGGGGGCGCCGUGGGCGCGGCGCCCCCCGCGCGCGCCCGCCCUGCGCGGGGGGGAGGGGGGUGGCGGCAGCGCGCGAGCGCGGGGGCGGCCGCCACCUUCCCCCCCCCCCCCCGAGCUGCCCCUCCGGCCCUGCGCGCGUGGCUCGGGGGAGG